AGUCAACAGCUGUACUCAUUGUAAUCAGAAAGUGCUACAAAGAUAAAACUAGAAUAUUCAUAAUAAAAACAAUUAAACAGACUAUCAGUCUUGAAAUCCAAUAUUUAUUCACCUUGAUAACUGUAUUUAUAAAUAUCAUCCUUUGAUAAACUUGGAGAUGAUUAAUAGCUCUCCAGUAUAACAAUAAAAAGUUUUUCAGACAUUAUUUAGAAGUUUAUGAAAUUAUUUAAUAAGAGUUUUAUCAACAUUAUAUCAUCUUUUCAAACUCCAAAAAUGGCUACUCCAAUUGAACUUUUAUGGAAACAAGCUUUAAAAACAUUCACUGGCUGUGAAAAUGUGGGUUAUAAACUGUGCCAAAAAAACUUUGAAAAACUCCAUUCAAUGAUGAAUAACAUCAAAGCUGAUGAUGUCAAAGUUGAUAAUCAGGUUCUUGAUUAUGUUGCAAACACUAAUGCACCGAUGUGUGUAAUAGAUAUUUUUGAUAAUAAGGAUAUUACUAUUGCUGUAUUCUUAUUAAAGAAUGGAGUAACGUUACCAAUGCACGAUCAUCCGGGAAUGUAUGGAUUGCUAAAGGUCAUUAGCGGCACAGUACAAAUAGACAGCUACACAAGCCAAACACCGCCAGGACAUAUUAUACGACCAAACGAGGAAAUACAUGCCAUCAAGCAUGCGUCAGUUAUCGUUCAAAAAACUGAUCCUGCAUGCAUAUUAAAGCCUCAAGAUCACAAUCUUCAUGAAAUAACCUGCUUAAAAGGCCCGGCUGCAUUUCUAGACAUAUUGAGUCCACCUUAUAAACUAGAAUCUGAGAACAGCCUUGGACGAUCAUGCAUAUUUUUUCAAAAAAUAUCAUCAAAUUCACCCACCUCAAAUGACUCACCGGAAAGAGUAAAACUUAGAGCCACUAGUGAACCACCAGCUUCUUGCUUUUAUUCCACGAAUAUUAAAUAUCUCGGACCACCAUUAAGAUGAUUUAACUCUGAAAUUGGUUGUUAAAUUACUAUAAAUCGACUCCAUACUCCAAAGCAUUUUCAGAAGAUAAGUAAAUCAUAUUUCAUUUACUGGAAUUAUUUUUAAGAUAUUUAUUUGUCACAGAGCUGUAAUCAAGGUUGUUUAUGUUUAAGUUUUUAACUCUAUUUAUAUAAUUUUUCAAAGAUAAUUCAAUUAUGAUUACUAUUGAUGGUAUAAUACGAAUUUAAAAAUUCAUUCAGUACAAAAUAAUCAGUACAUACCAAUAUAUUUAAGAAAAGAUUUAUCUAUAAUCAUCAUAAUUUUGUAAUUAUUUCUUAUGAUUACUGUCAGUUAUGUUAUAUUUCCUAUAAUAUCUAAACUUGUGACAUUUUUUGAAAAUCUAUUUCAAGAUCAUUUUUCAGUUAAAAAUUCGAAUAAGGCCACAUGCUUUGAGAUAUCAAUAUUUUCACAUCAUUUCGACCAAGUUUUCAAUAUAAGAUUAAAUUAAUUCAAUAUAAUAUUAUUUCAGCAGGUACUUUAUCUUAUCUCUACGAAUAAAUAGCAAAAAGUUCAAGAUCAUUAUUCGAUAUGCUAAUCACUUGGUUUACCUAAUUUAAGAAGUGAUUUAUUUUGUUUUUAAUUGUUUGAAUAUUAAACAAAGCAGUAUGAAGUUAAUAGCUCUAUUAAGUUCGAAUUCAUGAUAUUUUAUUUACAGUGUGUCAGUAAUAGAAUGAAAAUACCAGUUGAAAAAUGUUUUAUAAAUUUUCCAUGACUUAUUAGCAUAUCUAUUAUUCAAAUCGAUGAUUGACUGACACAUUUAUUCAGGCCGAAUUAUUAAUCGCUCGAAAAAUUGAAAAGCAUGUUUAAACAGCAGAAGUUGAAGUUUUAAAUCAAAAGGAUUUAUUGACGUAUGCAAACUAUAAUUCGUCAAUCAGAAACUUAAUUUAAGUAUUCAGUUUUAGUUGAAUGAUAAUAAUAUUAAAUAAAUUGUUAUUUUAUUAUGAUUAUAAAUACUUUAAGUUAAUUUAGAUUCGAAUUAUUAACGAUACUUACCAACCAAAGACCAUUUUAGCUGAAGCUCAAUUAUUUUGUAAAUAAAAUAUUUAUAGAUGAAAGACAUUCUAUUGUACUUAAAUAUGAUUAAAAUGAAUUGUUGGCAAAAUGUAAUAAAUAUAUUUGUAUACAAAUAAUUGUAGUUACCUAAAGUAGCUUUCGAUGAAAUAUUUAAUAUUUUCGAGUAUCAGGGAUUGAUGAUAUUGUAAACUAAUAUUAACCUUAUAGAAAUGCCUUAAAUCGAAUAAAAUUUAUUUUAUUUUUCA